GUGAUUGCUGCCUUUGAAGACCUUCACAUCUUUACUGAUGACCUAAUUUGCGCGCAGAGGGCAACAUGGCACAGGGUUCUCCGUGUGCUCCCGUUUUGUACACCUUUAAAACGAUAUAAAUGUGAGCAGCUGCAGUUCUUCCACUUUCUCAUCCCCACGGUGCACUUUUCUCACCAUUUCAUCCCGCCACCAACUCACCUUCAGUUCCUUUUCUUUCACCUGCUACUGUUCGGGUUUGGCACCGCCACCCCACCAGCGCGCACUUUCACACAUUGGAUGCACUUCAGCAUCGGAAGGGGGAUAAAAGUUUUUUUUUUUGAGGGUUUUUUAAGUUCUCCGACCACCAGGAUGAGUGUUAAAUCCGACUCCGAGCCCAACAACAACGUUGUUGAAGAGGAGGUGCGAACACUCUUUGUAAGUGGCCUACCAACAGACAUCAAACCUCGUGAACUCUACCUCCUAUUUAGACCUUUUAAGGGUUAUGAAGGUUCUCUAAUCAAAUUAACAUCAAAGCAGCCUGUUGGGUUUGUAACCUUUGACAAUCGGUCUGGUGCUGAAGCGGCAAAAAACGCCUUAAAUGGCGUUCGAUUUGACCCUGAGAACCCGCAGACCCUUCGUUUAGAGUUUGCUAAAGCCAACACGAAGAUGGCAAAGAGUAAGCUGAUGGGCACACCAAACCCCACAAAUAUCCACCCAGCUCUAGGGGCACACUUCAUAGCACGGGACCCAUAUGAUCUGACUGGGGCAGCACUGAUUCCUGCAUCUCCAGAGGCUUGGUCUCCAUACCCUCUGUACACAGCAGAGCUGAACCCCGGGCUUCCCCACACAGCCUUCACCUACCCUGCUGCUGCAGCAGCCGCUGCGGCCCUCCACGCCCAGAUGCGUUGGUAUCCAGCAGCAACAUCUGAGUCUUCCCAACCUGGAUGGAAAUCAAGGCAGUUCUGUUAAAAA